AGUGUUGGGGGAUGACCGUGAGCAGAAACUUCGCUCCGCCGCAAUCGGUGGGCCCGCUUUAAAAUUUCGGAAAUAUGGACGGCUGUGGCGAAAUCGUUCUUCACAUGUUUCCGAGUGGAUUAUGCGAGAGGAAGUGAAAUGGAGCUUUUGCUCACCAUGUCAUGGCUGAUACUUGGAGGAGUGGCUCCGGGCUCCGGGAAUCCGGACGCCAAAAGACUCUACGACGAUCUUCUCUCCAACUACAAUCGCCUCAUCCGACCGGUCGGCAACAAUUCCGACAGACUCACCGUCAAAAUGGGCCUCAAACUCUCCCAGCUGAUCGAUGUGAAUCUCAAGAAUCAAAUUAUGACUACCAACGUUUGGGUCGAGCAGGAAUGGAACGAUUACAAGCUGAAGUGGAAUCCUGAUGACUAUGGCGGAGUAGAAACACUGCAUGUUCCUUCUGAGCACAUAUGGCUUCCAGAUAUCGUUCUCUAUAAUAAUGCGGACGGCAAUUAUGAAGUGACGAUAAUGACCAAAGCAAUUCUUCACCAUACCGGUAUGGUAAAGUGGAAACCCCCUGCCAUUUAUAAAUCAUUUUGCGAAAUUGACGUCGAAUAUUUUCCUUUCGACGAACAGACAUGCUUCAUGAAAUUCGGAUCAUGGACGUACGAUGGAUACUUGGUUGAUUUACGGCAUCUCCAGCAAGUCCAAGACUCCAAUAAAAUCGACGUCGGCAUCGACUUGCAAGAUUACUACAUAUCAGUGGAAUGGGACAUCAUGAAGGUACCCGCAGUCCGGAACGAAAAAUACUACAGCUGCUGCGAAGAGCCCUACCCAGACAUCAUCUUCUACAUCACGUUGCGCAGGAAAACGCUCUUCUACACCGUAAACUUGAUCAUUCCGUGCGUAGGGAUCAGCUUCUUGUCCAUCUUGGUGUUUUACCUGCCUUCAGACUCGGGAGAAAAGGUUUCUUUGUCCAUUUCGAUUUUGCUGUCGCUCACCGUGUUCUUUUUGCUGCUGGUGGAGAUCAUUCCGCCUACUUCCAUUACAGUGCCUCUUCUAGGUAAAUAUUUGCUCUUCACCAUGUUGUUAUGCACCCUUUCCGUUGUCAUCACCAUCGCAGUUUUGAACGUCAACUUCCGCUCGCCGGUCACCCACAAGCUGGCACCGUGGGUGAAGACUUUCUUCAUCGACUUCCUGCCGAAAUUCCUCUUCAUCCAACGGCCGCGCAAAGAGGACGACGACAAGAGCCAGGACAGCAUGCUGACCGACGUCAUCCAGAUGCCCAUGAUGGAAAAGUGCAAGCCCUUCGAGAAGUCUUCGUUCGACAGCUUCGAUUUGAGUCUUCCACCGCCUAGGUUCGAAGUCGCCCAUGAGCACAGCGGCGGCGGCAUAGGCUCCUGCUUUGGCGAACCGCCCUUCCCGCUGCCCCUCUCGGCGGGUGACGAAGACUUAUACAGUCCCGCCAGCUGUCGCACCAACACCUUCGAUGGUGCCAGCGACAUCAGCCCCUCGUUCGACAAAAUCGAGAUACACGACAUGGAGAAGACCAUCGCCGAUUCCAGAUUCAUUGCUCAACACGUUAGAAAUAAGGAUUCAUUCGAAAAUGUGGAAGAAGAUUGGAAAUAUGUCGCAAUGGUUUUAGAUCGUCUUUUUCUGUGGAUAUUUACAUUGGCAUGUAUUGUUGGAACGGGUAUAAUCAUUCUCAAUGCCCCUUCGCUGUACGAUACGGCCAAACCAAUUGAUGUUCUCAUUUCGAAAGUUGCCAAGAAGAAAAUGGCCCUACUCAAGAUGGUUCCCGAGGAACUUUAGAGAUAGGGGAUAUGGUCGUUGGUAAAUUUAGUGAAAAUAAGCAAUUUUUUGCGAAUGAGCAUCCGUCAGGAAACGUUUCAAUUUUCGAUUUUCCUCUUAUUUCAAGGAUAUUUCAUUUCCAAAUCGCUACCAUAAUAUAUAAUUUCACAUUCAGUGGCUGGAUGUUGGAAAACUAUACUUAUUAUUAUAUUCAACAUUCGCAAUUUACCUACUCAAAAUUAUUAUAUUUCUUCGGAAGCAAUUUCACAAUCACUUUGAGUAGAUAUGAAAAACAAUUGAAACAUUUUUUAGUCGAGCCUUUGGUUUCUGGAUUCUCAUUGGCUGGAAAUUGUGCAUUAUUGAACACUAACAAGUACAUACGGAAUGUUGAAUUUUCCACGGUCGCCGUUGCGAGAACGAUGAUAAUCACUAAUAAUAGUCAUGUUACGUUAUGUAAUUGAUAAAUCAAUAAUAAUGUUAAAGCUAUUUCAUUUAUAUUGUAUGAGACUACUGUAGAAUAGCCGAACUAAUAAUAAUACAUCUUUUCCAUCAAAAUUUGUUAGUUUGUUUCUUUUACAAAUCCCACAGAUUCCAGUACCUACCCUAUAUACCCAUCACUGUGGAUACGCCUCUGCUUCCU